UCUCAUCACAGAGUAAGAGAGAGGUUCUCAUCACAGAGCAGAGAAGAGAAGACAGACAGACAGGCAGACAGAGGAAACCUUUCAAGAGAAUCACAAACAGACAUAAUCUACAUUUCACACAUCUCUCCUCUGUUCUCUGGAAGACAUCUUCACUCAGUGUUAGUCCAGACACCUCCGUAAAGCUCAGUUUAUCAGUGACCGAUCAUGGCGUCUACCAUGGACAGUGCCAAGAUCCUCUUCUCUGUUCUGUUUCUCUACGUCUGCUACCAGGUGACUCAGGGCCAGAUGGUGAUGGACUGCUGUCUGGAGGUCAGCAAAAAAGAGAUCCCACAACGCAUUGUCACGGGUUACCAGCCUCAAGUUAGGGGUCAAGGCUGCUCCAUUGACGCCAUGGUCUUCAACACCAGAAAGGGGCGUAAGCUGUGUGCCCCUACCGGCCCUGCCUGGGUUACUAACCUGAUGAAACACAUGGACAAGCUGAUCAAGAUGUGCGAGGACACCAACUUCAAGGGUAAACACUGUAAGAAGUUGAUGUCCAAGCAGUCCUAAAGUUCCAAUUGGACCCCCUCCCUCCCUCCACCCUCACCGCCACCUCCACCCCCCUUCUCCUGGUCC